CGGCCCUCCGUUGCGGCGGAGGGUCAAUGGAAGCCAGAAGCGAGAGGCGUUGAAACCCGCUGACGUCGCCGUCACAGCGAUGUGCGAAUGCGACUUCUACAACAGAACAAGCGAUCUUGCCACGAAAUCAAGCAAACAAUAUGCAUCUCUCCUGCUAUCCUACCUACCUUCAACUACUAUGCGAAACUCUUUCAAAACACAUCCGAGGCUUCACUAAGACACUGUAUGAGCCUUCACUGGAGUACAAUACUUGGCCUUACUCGAUGUCCUCUGCACCGACUCCGACUACUCCGACUACUCCGACUCUCCCGUUAGCACCUCCCUCUACUACAUUUCUCCUCCUCGGCGACCUAUCCAAACUGUCGAGCGAUUGGGGGUGGUGGGUUCUUGGGCUUUGCGUCGCAAUCUUCCUCGUCCGCCCGCUCCUGUCCGACGCUAUUAACCAAUACGGCGCGUACGCCGUUGAACAAAUAGAGGACCCAGUUGAGGAGGAAAAGACCAAGCAGCUCCAACUGCAUAUCCAGCUCGAAAGCUUCAAACUUAGGAGUGAAGAGAAGAAGAUUGCGCAGCUCGAAAUGCAAGUGCAGAUCCUGCGCGAGGAUGUUAACCGCGCGGCGACGACUUCGACCCUCCCUCCGCAACAAACCCCUGAUCAACCAAGCACACCGGAUCAACGUGCGACCACAACUCACCACAGUCGGUCGGCUUCAUCUGUCGCCUCGCCACCCUCCUCCGCAGCCAUCGUGUAAACCGUUACUUCGACACCAUCAUCACCAACUCCACCGACCGCCAGCACUGCACCCACAAAUACACUACCCUCUGCGCCGCCUCCCGCAUUUUCAACCACCCAGCCCUCCUCGAACGCAUGCUCCUUGGCACAAACACCCUUACAGUCCUUCACGCCCAACGCAUCAACGCCUUCUUCAAAGACGUCAUCGACAGAUCAGUCUAUCUGCGACGCAGACUCUAGAAACUACCAAUCGAGGUCGAGUAAGCGCCUUUCUACCGAGGAUGGUCAUGUGAAUGAAUUGGUGGGAUCGCGCCACACUGGUGUAAUGCUAUGGCGCCCGCUGCAGCUCAGUUGGCAGAAGAGAGGAUGAUGUGCAGUGUUGUGGACAAGAUGGAUACGCUAAAAUAACUCGUUUGCACCGUUAUAGC